GAGGCAUAAUGGACGGGAGCGGAGGCUGUACAGAGUUAUAUAUGUGUGUAGGAAUGAAUGCGUGACAGUUCGUGCAGAGCUGCUGCGGGACUGUACCGGGUCGUAUGUGAAUGACCAGUGAGGGUAGUUUAUGCAGAGAUUCAGCGGGGCUGGUACCGGGCCCUGUGUGUGAACGAAUGAGCUAGUGAGUGAGUAGAUGAACUGCACCGGGUUAGUGUUGAGAAGCCGUGUGAGAGAGUGAGCGCAUUGUGUAAACGCUGUACCGGCUCUGUUCGUGGCUGAGUGAGUAACUGUAAGAGCAGUUUGUGCAGAGUUCAUGCUUCCUCGGUAGGCUGGUUGGUUCGUUAUGGCGCUGUGGACGGAGCGAGCUGUACCGGGUUUUGUGUCUGUGUGUGUGAAUGUCUUGUUGCUGGUUCUGGUGUUUGGACCGGAGCUGCUGCUGGCCUGUCCGAGCCGUUGCUUGUGUUUCCGGACCACAGUGAGGUGUAUGCACUUAAAUCUGGAAACCGUACCAGACGUCUCUCCUCAGACUACCAUACUAGAUCUGAGGUUCAACAAAGUUAAGGAGUUGCAGCCGGGCUCAUUCAGAGGGCUGAGGAAUCUCAACACACUCCUUUUAAAUAACAACCACAUCAAAAGAAUACCACGAGGAGCUUUUGAGGACCUGGAAAACCUGAAAUAUCUCUAUUUGUACAAGAAUGAAAUCCAGUCAAUAGACCGACAAGCAUUUAAGGGGCUUGUCUCUCUAGAACAACUGUAUCUCCAUUUCAACAACAUUGAUGUUUUAGAACCGGAGUCCUUCGUUCACUUGCCCAAACUGGAAAGACUGUUUUUGCACAACAACAGAAUAACACAACUUACAUUGGGGACCUUCUCACAUCUACAGGCCAUGAAGAGACUGCGUCUGGACUCCAAUUCACUGAACUGUGAUUGUGAUCUUCUGUGGCUGGCCGACCUACUAAAAGAAUACACAGAGUCUGGCAAUGCCCAAGCAGCUGCCACCUGUGAAUAUCCCAUCCGUCUACAGGGCCGAUCGGUGGCCACCCUUACAGCAGCAGAGCUCAACUGUGAGGUUCCUCGAUUCACUACCGAGCCACAGGAUGUGGACGUGACCUCAGGGAACACUGUGUAUUUUACAUGCAGGGCGGAGGGCAACCCCAAGCCCCAGAUCAUCUGGCUGAGGAACAACAAUGCACUCAACAUGCGAAAUGACUCGCGUCUGAAUCUUUUAGAAGACGGCACCCUGAUGAUUCAGAACACCAAAGAGACUGACCAAGGCGUGUACCAAUGCAUGGCCAAGAAUAUCGCCGGCGAGGUCAAAACUGGAGAGGUCACCCUGCGCUACUUUGACACUCCAUCUCGUCCCAGUUUUGUCAUCCAGCCCCAGAACACAGAGGUGCUGGUAGGAGAGAGUGUGACUCUGGAGUGCAGUGCAACAGGGCACCCUCAACCCCGGGUAUCAUGGACCAAAGGAGACCGCAGCGCUUUACCCACUGACCCUCGCAUAAACAUCACACCCUCAGGAGGGCUUUACAUCCGGAACGUCCACCAGGCUGACGGGGGCCAGUACGCCUGCUAUGCUAGCAACAAUGUGGACACCAUCCAUGCCACCGCCUACAUCAUAGUGCAGGCUGUUCCUCAGUUUACAGUGACUCCUCAGGACCAGACGGUGUUAGAAGGUCAAACAGUGGAUUUCCCCUGUGAGGCUACAGGUUAUCCUCAGCCUGUCAUAGUCUGGACACGUGGCGGCAGCCCUCUGGCAGCUGAAAGGCGCCAUGUGGUCCUGUCGACUGGCACGCUACGUAUUUCCCGUGUAGCACCUCAUGACCAGGCCCAGUAUGAAUGCCAGGCUGUCAGCCCUGUUGGCUCUGUUAUAUCAACAGUGCAACUCAACAUCCAACCAAAAUUAACGCCUGUUUUCACAAAUGCUCCAAGGGACUUGACUGUGGAAUCUGGUACUGACGUCCAGAUUCCAUGCAGCGCUCAGGGAGAGCCCACACCUGCCAUCACCUGGAACAAGGAUGGUGUUCAGGUGACUGAGAGUGGGAAGUUCCACAUCAGCCCUAAUGGUUAUCUCCUGGUGAAUGAUGUGGGACUGGGAGAUCAGGGACGUUAUGAAUGUGUGGCUCGUAACUCUAUUGGCUACUCGUCAUCUAGCAUGGUGCUAACAGUGCAAGUACCACAGGUAAGCAGGGAGGGUGAUCCGUUUGUCUCUACUUCUAUUGAGGAGGCUAUCCGCAGUGUAAACAGCGCUAUAGACUCCACCAGGAGGCACCUUUUUGACGGCUCACCCCGCACCCCUGGUGAGCUGCUGGCUUUGUUCCGCUAUCCUCGGGACCCCUAUACAGUGGAACAGGCCAGAGCCGGCGAGAUCUUCGAACAGACGCUUCUCCUCAUUCAAAGACAUGUUAACCAGGGCCUGAUGGUGGACACCAAUGGAACAGCUUUCCGUUACAAUGACCUGGUGUCACCACGCUUCUUAGACAUGAUCGCAAACCUGUCUGGUUGCACAGCUCACCGUCGCAUUAACAACUGCUCGGACAUCUGCUUUCACCAAAAGUACCGCAGCCAUGAUGGCACCUGCAACAACCUGCAGCACCCCAUGUGGGGCGCCUCACUAACUGCGUUCGAACGUCUGCUCAAGUCCGUCUAUGACAACGGCUUUAAUCUGCCACGUGGCACCACAGACAGACGCCACAACGGCUUUGCCCUGCCGCUGCCCCGCCUCGUCUCCACCACCAUGAUAGGCACAGAGACGAUUACCCCAGAUGAGCGCUACACACACAUGCUCAUGCAGUGGGGCCAGUUUCUGGACCAUGAUCUGGACUCCACCGUGGUGGCUCUCAGCCAGUCACGUUUCUCUGACGGUCAGCUGUGUACAUCUGUGUGCACCAAUGACGCGCCCUGCUUUCCCAUCAUGUUCCCACCCAAUGACCCGCGCCAGCGUAGGAGCGGCGCCCGAUGUAUGUUUUUCGUGCGCUCGAGUCCAGUGUGUGGUAGCGGCAUGACCUCGCUGCUCAUGAACUCCGUGUACCCACGCGAACAGAUCAACCAGCUGACGUCCUACAUAGAUGCUUCUAAUGUAUACGGCAGCUCACGCCACGAAGCAGAUGAGAUACGAGACUUGGCAGCACACCGGGGCACGCUCCGCCAAGGUAUCGUCCAGCGCACAGGAAAACCUCUUUUGCCGUUUGCAAGUGGCCCACCCACAGAGUGUAUGCGGGAUGAAAACGAAAGCCCCAUCCCUUGCUUUCUGGCUGGUGACCACCGUGCCAACGAGCAGCUGGGCCUGACAGCUAUGCACACAGUGUGGUUCCGUGAGCACAACCGUAUUGCCGGCGAACUUCUGAGGCUCAACCCACACUGGGACGGUGAUACCAUUUACCACGAGGCACGCAAGAUUGUGGGUGCCCAAAUGCAGCACAUCACCUACAGCCACUGGCUGCCCAAAGUCCUAGGCGAAGUGGGAAUGAAGCUCAUGGGCGAUUAUCGUGCCUAUGACCCCAACAUCAAUAGCGGCAUCUUUAAUGCUUUUGCCACGGCCGCAUUCCGAUUCGGCCACACUUUAAUCAAUCCAAUUCUGUAUCGGAUGAAUGAACACUUUCAGCCCAUUCAGCAGGGGCACAUACCCCUACAUAAGGCCUUUUUCUCCCCGUUUCGUAUCGUAAACGAAGGAGGUAUCGAUCCCCUCCUGCGCGGGCUGUUCGGUGUGGCAGGAAAGAUGCGAGUGUCCACGCAGCUGCUCAACACGGAGCUGACCGAACGUCUUUUCUCCAUGGCUCACGCUGUAGCGUUGGACCUUGCUGCCAUGAACAUCCAAAGAGGGCGGGACCAUGGCAUCCCCUCAUAUAACGACUACAGAGUGUUCUGCAAUCUUAGCUCAGCACAGACGUUCGAUGACCUGAGAAAUGAGAUUCGCAGUCCUGUCGUUCGAGAGAAGCUUCAGAGACUCUAUGGCUCACCACUGAACGUUGAUCUGUUUCCUGCAUUAAUGGCUGAAGAGCUUGUUCCAGGCAGCAGAUUGGGGCCCACCCUUAUGUGUCUACUGGCUACCCAGUUUAGACGUCUCCGAGAUGGUGACAGGUUUUGGUAUGAGAACCCUGGCGUGUUCAGCCCGGCUCAGUUGACUCAGCUGAAGCAGGCAUCUCUCACCCGGGUGCUGUGUGACAAUGGAGACAAUAUUACCCGUAUCCAGUCUGAUGUUUUCAGUGUUGCUGAGUUCCCUCACGGCUAUGGAAGCUGUGAGGAUGUGCCCAAAAUCGACCUGCGCAUGUGGCAGGAUUGCUGUGAAGACUGCCGCACCAAAGGACAGUUUAAUGCCCUGUCCUACCAUUUUAGAGGUCGCAGGUCAGUUGAACACAGCUAUGCAGAAGAGAAACCUUCCACCACAAUUCAGGAUGAUCACAGCCACAUUCCUGAUGAUAAAACCAUUGUAAAUGUAACUUCUACAUCAAACACUGAAACAUCAGGAAAUGAGUUCCAAGAAUUUGUUGUGGACAUGCAGAAGACUAUCACUGGUUUACGAAAGCAGAUAAAAAGACUUGAAGCCCGGUUAAGUAAGACACACUGCACUGAUGAGAAAGGAAGAGAACGGCGGGAUGGAGAGAACUGGAAGAACGACCCCUGCACCACAUGCGAGUGUAGAGAAGCCCAAGUGACGUGCUUUGUGGAGAGGUGUCCACCACCGACUUGUUUGAACCCUGAGACACUAAAAGGGGCUUGCUGUCCUGUUUGCCUUAACCAGCCAUCGAACGAGCAGGCCGAGGAACAGCAGAUAUAACCUCAGGAUUCUCAAAAACUAUCCAAUCCAAAGACCCAACAGAGUACAUCUAAAUGCCUCAGUGUUUUUUGUUUGGUUUUUUAGUAUUUUUUUAUAAUACUAAGGGGGUUGUUUGGUUUUAUUUUUUUAAUCGUGUUGUUUUUUAGUAUUUUUUUUAAUCUCCAGCCAUGGCAUCAACUAUACAGCCAAGCGCUGUUGUAGCUGCCACAUUAUUAUUCAUUUUUACAAUAACGGAUGGAUGAAUAGAAUGCCUUGAGGAUGCCCUCUUCUUUAACAGGCCAGACCAAAGAGUUCAUUAGGGAAUACCAAAUCUGUUGGCCUGACACUACCUGCCAUACCUAAUACAUGCACUGAAGAGAAGAGCAUUACAAACCAAGCUUGAAUUUAUCCGUUAUUAUUCAUGUAUCGGUCUCCACAGCAUUCUCAGUCUAGAGAUGCCAACCAUUGGUGCUACAGUAAUGACGCGAGUUCAGUGUAUGCAACCUUAAAAGUAUUGUUUUGUAUCUUUUCAUGGUUUGACCCAGUAUGCAAGACGCCAGGCACACUCAUCAUGCUUCGUCUGAGGGUGUGGCUGGUCAUUCAAAAGACAUUUUAUAUGGAAAUGAGUGAAGUUACUCUAGCUUUUAAACAAUCGUUUUUGGUGCUUUAUUAUCAUGUAUUACAUAUAUAACAGUACACGUACCCUCACCCACAUGUGUAUCAGCCUCUUGUAUAUGAAGAAAAUGUGAAUAUUUGAAUUUGUAAUUGAAGAAAGUCUACUGAUCACCAUAUUUUUGUAUCCAGUUCUGACUGCUGGAGAACAUCAGGUGUUUUUCAUGUUUUUGUAUUUCCCUGACAAUAAACUCAUUUUAACAGGGGGAGUUGUGUAAUAGCUGAGGCAAACAGCCCUUUGGGCUAGCGAUUUGUUCAUCAGUCAUACAAUGUUAGUUUUAUGGAGCCAUAUGUGAACCCUGUAAUAAGAUUACACAUCUGGAAAAUGUAUUUUUUUAAAGUGCAAACAUGCCAUAACAAUAUUUUAUCUAAAAUCUGUCCUAAGUAUAUGAAGUUUUUCAUAGAAGUAACAGUCACAGGCUCCCAGAUGGCGCAGCGGGAUUUUCCACUGAUGCACCAGCACCGGGUUUCUGAGGCUCGGUGUUGCCACCUGUCGGCUGUGCGCCAUCUGGCUGGCAUAAUUGGCAGUGCCUGCAGCAGAUACUAAUUGGCCACCGUAUCUGCAGGGUGGGGACCAGAUUAUAUGUGGGUGGGUGGGUCCUCAUACGCUGUGUAAGGACCCUGAUUGGCAGAAGAGACACCCGUGCAGGAAGCGCGGACGAGAAGAGGAGGGCUGUACACGUGUAAAGAAGGCGUGGGCAGCGGCGUGCUCUCCUUGGAUGCAAAUCUGGAGUCUGUCAGCAGCGGAAGACAAAUUGGAUGCACUAAAUUGAGAGGAAAAAUGGGGAGAAAAAUGCAUUAAAAAAUAGAAGUAACAGUCACAGUUAAGUGUCUCAGUAAUUCACUCAGUUAGAUGAACUAUUUUUUAAUUUUGAUUUUUGCUUUAGCUGCCAAACUACUGAGACUGAGAAAUUUUGAAAUUUGGACCAAUAAUGUGUAUGUCAUUUAAAAUGACUUAUUUGAAGACAAAGAUCAUUUAUUGUCAUUAUACUUGCGUACAACAAAAUUUAGUGUGACGCUCUCCAAAAAAGGCGGCACGGCGGCUCAGUGUGUAGCGCUGUUGCCUCACCGCAAGAAGGUCCUGGGUUUGAUUCCCAGGUGGGGUUGUCCGGGUCGUUUCUGUGUCCACUCACUGUCCACUCUAUUAGACACUCCUACCUAGUUGGUCCAUGGAGCUGAUAAAAUGGACAGUGAGUGUAGAAACAAGGUGGUGGUUUAAAUGUUAUGGCAGAUCGGUGUAUAUAUAUUGCCUCACACAAGGAGGACCUGGGUUUGAUCCCCAGGUGGGGAUCCUUUCUGUGUGGAGUUUGCAUGUUCUUCCCGUGUAUGCGUGGGUUUCCUCUGGGAGUUCCGAUUUCCUCCCACAGUCCAACGACAUGCAGGUGAGGUAAAUUGGAGAUACUAAAUUGUCCAUGACUGUGUUUGACUUUGAAACUUGGGAACUGAUGAAUCUUGUGUAAUGAGUAACUACCGUUCCUGUCAUGAAUGUAACCAAAGUGUAAAACAUGACGUUAAAAUCCUACAACCACAAAUCAGAAAAAGUUAAGACAUUAUGGAAAAUGCAAAUAAAAUAAAAAUGCAGUGUUUCUUACAUUUA